AUGGCGCAACACACACCACCACUGCUAUUGAUGCUUCUCCUAGGUACCAUAUCUGUCAGCUCAUCAUUCCAGCCCGCCCUGGUGUUAGAAAUGGCCAAGAUUCUUUUGGAAAACUACUGCUUCCCUGAGAAUCUGGUUGGGAUGCAGGAGGCCAUCCAACAAGCCAUCAACAGCGGAGAAAUCCUGCACAUUUCAGACAGGAAGACCCUGGCAUCUGUGCUCACAAACGGAGUACAAGGGGCACUGAACGAUCCACGCUUGACUGUGUCAUACGAGCCCAAUAUUGUCCCGGUGAUGCCACCGACGCUGCCGUCUCUCCCCAUAGAGCAGAUGAUCUGGCUUGUGAGAAACUCUAUCAAGCUGGAUAUCCUGGACAACAAUGUUGGAUAUUUGCGGAUAGAUCGGGUCAUUGGCGAAGAUACAGCGGCAAAGCUUGGCUCUCUGCUGAGGGACAACAUCUGGGACAAAGUUGCUCACACCUCUUCACUGAUCAUGGACCUGAGGUAUAGCACAGCUGGAGAACUGUCUGGAGUUCCCUUUAUAAUCUCCUAUUUCUCAGACCCUGAGCCCCUCAUUCAUAUUGACACUGUGUAUGACAGGCCCUCAAAUACAACUCGGGAGCUGUGGACCAUGCCAUCAAUAACGGGAGAAAGGUAUGGAAAGAAGAAAGAUGUGAUUAUUUUGACCAGUAAGCGUACCAUUGGGGCUGCUGAGGCAGUGGCAUAUACAUUAAAAAACCUCAAGAGGGCCAUUACGGUUGGGGAAAGGUCUGCUGGCGGGUCAGUAAAAGUCCAAAAGAUUAGGAUCCCUCAGUCGGAGUUCUACAUAACCGUUCCUGUGGCAAGAUCAGUUAGUGCAAUCACAGGCCAUAGCUGGGAAGUAAGUGGCGUUCCCCCAUCAAUCAACGUCAUCGCCAAGGAAGCUGUCGCAAAAGCCAAGUCCCUCCUGGCUAUAAGGACUGCCAUACCAAAAGUUGUGCAAAGUAUCGCAGACAUAAUCUGGAAGUUCUAUGCUUUCACUGACAGAGUUCCAGCUCUUAUUCAACGUUUGCAAUCUACCGACUUUUUCUCUGUCGUAUCUGAGGAGGACCUAGCAGUCAGACUCAACCGGGACCUCCAGACUGUUUCUGAAGAUCCACGACUGAUCAUCAAAUACAUGCAAGACAAUGCUGCCAUAGUAGAGGAGGACCCUGCCCUUGACAACAUUCAAGAUGAUUUGGAAUCAUUAAAAGUACUGGUAGAUACAACGAUCAAAGUGGAAAUACUCCCACACAAUACUGGCUAUCUCCGAAUUGACAAGUUUGUCAAGUCGUCUGCAGGGGAUGAACUAGAAACGCUCAUGGUUAAAAAGGUAUGGGGGCCCCUUAAAGACACUAAUAACCUGAUUAUUGAUCUACGCUAUAACACUGGUGGAUCCUUUACCUCUCUAGCCCUUAUCCUGUCGUAUCUGCAGGACACUUCACAGAAGCAUAAUUUUUUCACAAUAUAUGACCAAAUUCAUAACACAACAACAGAAUAUGACUCUCUGCCUGAAGUAACAGGCCCGACCUACGGCUCAAAACGUGGUGUUUACGUGUUGAGCAGCUACUACACAGCAAGCGCCGGCGAAGAGUUUGCUUACCUGAUCCAGUCACUACAUCGUGGCACAGUCAUUGGGGAAAUUACAUCUGGUACCCUUAUGCACUCAAAGACGUUUCAAAUAGAGGGGACAGAUAUUGCCAUCACCGUCCCUUUCAUAAACUUUUUAGACAACAAUGGUGAAUGCUGGCUAGGAGGUGGUGUGGUCCCUGAUGCCAUCGUGCUAGCCGAAGAAGCUGUGGAGCACAUUCAUGAGAUUGCAGAUUUUCACCAAGGGCUCAAGUCUCUCAUAGAGGGAACUGGGGAGCUGUUAGAAAAACACUAUGCAAUACAUGAAGUUGCACUAAAGGUCAGCAAGGUUCUGUUGAACAAAUGGGAUGAGGGAUUGUACUGGUCAGUGGUGGACUUUGAAUCUUUGGCAUCUCAGUUGACGGCAGACCUCCAAGAGACUUCAGGCGAUCAUCGCCUCCAUAUCUUCUACUGCGAUGUUGAGCCAGAGUCGCUUCGUGAUAUCCCAAAGAUCCCUAAUGCUGAAGAAGUGGGAUACAUUAUUAACGCUUUGUUUAAAAUUGAGCUUCUGCCAGGUAAUGUUGGCUAUCUAAGGGUUGACAUGAUGGCAGAUGUAGAGGUGGUAAAAGCUAUCGGGCCUCAAGUGGUAAAACUAGUGUGGAGCAAGAUAGUAAACACAGAUGCCCUUAUAAUUGACAUGAGGUACAACACUGGUGGGUUUUCAACAGCGAUCCCACUCUUGUGCACUUAUUUCUUUGAUGCUACACCAUUGCGGCAUCUUUACACUGUCUUCGACCGUACCACAACCACCAUGAAAGAGGUCAUGACAUUGUCUGAAGUCAAAGGUCAAAGGUAUGGGUCCUCAAAGGACGUCUUCAUACUCACCAGUCACAUGACAGGAUCAGCAGCCGAAGUGUUCACCCGCUCUAUGCAGGACCUGAACAGGGCCACAAUCAUUGGAGAGCCAACGAUUGGAGGGUCUCUAUCAAGUGGAACCUACCAGAUCGGGAACAGCUUCCUUUACGCUUCCAUCCCUAACCAGGUUGUGUUGAGUGCAAUCACUGGGAAAAUGUGGAGCAUUUCAGGGGUUGAGCCUCAUGUUAUUGCCCAGGCAAAUGGAGCUCUUCCUGUUGCGCAGAGAAUCAUAGCAGCAAGGCAGUUGAAGAGAGAGCAAGGAAAAUAG